AUGACAAUUGAUGUCUGCCAAGCUGCACCAUAUCUGGACCAGUCUGUGGAAUCUAUUGUCCCAGAGGUGGCCAAAGCACUACGUUGGUGGUCCAACGGGGUCCGCCUGGCAGGUGGCGCUAUCAGACCAGAUAAAUCCUUUUGGUACCUGAUUGACUUCAAAUGGAACCCCCAACUCGGUGUAUGGCAAUUCCGGAAGAAGCGAGAUUUUAAACCAUCUCUUCUUCCAACAGGCAGUUCGGAAAUUGCGGUUGAAUUAGAUAAUCUGGAUGGCACCUCUGUGCAUCUAAAGUGGCUCGAAGCGGACGAAUCGGCCAAGACUUUGGGUAUUCUGAUGUCCCCCUGCUUCAAUAGGAAAGUUCAACUCGCGGUUAUGCAGGGGAAAGCAAAGGCAUUGUUGGGAUAUGACAAAUUACGUUCCGAAAAGAAACUAUUCAAUCUGGCUGAAUCAGGUUCUCACGGCUGGGUUCCAGAGGUCAUUACCAUUGAAGGUAGUGAGGACCGCCUGGUUCAGGCCCUUCGCGCCGGUACCCUUCGUGCUGUGAGCGACGGCUCUUACAAAGCUAAAGUGGGCACAGCCUGCGCUCAAAUUCUCACUGAGGACCGCAGGGAUAUCAUCUGGAUCACCUGCCAAACCCCUGGGAAAUUUGACGACCAGAGCUCCACGCGCAGCAAAUUGAUUGGCCUUAUGGCAUCUCUCCUGGUGUUGGACUGGAUGUCCCAGGUCGCCUACCUGAAACUCUUUGCCAGCCAACCGUCGGUUGAGAUGGCCUGCGACGGGCUCAUAGCUCUUGAUAAGUCCUUCUCUGAAGUCCACCUGUCAUCAUCUGGUGCCCAAUUUGAUCUGGCCUCCACUAUCCGGGCCUUGCUUCGCCACCUUCCCCUCCAAGUUCAUUGGCGCCAUGUUAAAGGCCACCUGGACAAGCACCGGCCUUUCUCCCAACUGGACUGGUGGGAGCAGCGGAAUGCGGAAGUGGACUCCAAAGCACAAUCCUACCGCCGCCGGCUGGAGUCUACCGGCCGCUCGGCUGCCUCCAACCCCCGCUUCUUCCAUGAACCUGUGUCUUUAUUCAUCGACGGUGUUAAGUCUUCCAAACUGGACCAGGCUCACAUCAUGGAGCUGGUCUCUCUUCCUGCCCUUCGAGCAUAUUGGUCCUCCAAGGACCGCCUCUCCGAGCAGUCCAUCCGUGAGGUCGAUUGGUUAUCUCUUGCACGCGCCAUGAAGGCCCUCCCAGCAAAUCUCCAACGCUGGACACCUAAACAUAUCUCCGGUAUGACAGGUGUGGGCAAAUUCUUGGCCAUUUGGAACCGUUCGGCGAAGAGCUCCUGCCCCAGAUGCUCCUCCUGCCCCGUGGAAGAUCACCUCCAUGUCCCACGCUGUUCUGCUCCUACUGCAGCUGCAGAAUGGUCAAAACGCCAUUUGGCCCUCCGGACCUGGAUGCAGACCCAGCAGACUGCCCCAGAGAUCGAAGCCUUCCUCUUCGAAUACCUGAAGACAGUCCGUCAGCCUUCCUUGGGCGUCCCCACCGUCCGAGCCUGGUCCCGCCAUCCCCACCUCUUCCAAAGGGCCAUCUCUUCCCAAGCCACGCUUGGGGCCCAGGGCCUCCUUGAAGGCCUAGUGUCCCCCAACUGGAGACACCUGCAGGCCCUUCACUUCUCCUACAUUGGCUCCAAGAAGUCCGCCAACCUUUGGGCCUCCCGUCUGAUCCAACAACUGAUCAGGAUCGGGCACUACAUGUGGAAAGACCGCAACCGGCUUGCCCACUCUGAAGACAGCUCCUGGUACACGGCUUGCAAGCGGGAGAUUGACAUCGGCAUCCGCGAACAGUUUGCCAUGGGCAUGAUGGAUAUCCCCCAACGCUCCCAGUACCUCUUUUGGGACUCCCGCGAAACUGUCCUCAACAAAUCACUUGAAGAUCGUCAACAUUGGCUGCGCCUUGUCUCCCGUGAGAGAGCGAUCCACCGUCGCUCUCUAACCAGGCAACGCCAGAUGAUCUUUGACCUGGCGCGACCCGCCAACCCAACAUUGACUCGGCCAACCGGCGCUAGUCCAUAA